AGAACAACACCCACACACACCCUCUGUCUUUCUCUCUCGUUUGGGCAUUAUAUAAAGCUCAGCCCAGACUGAGUGGUCUUCAGUCUACAGAGAACGAUCCUUCACUAUGAACAGACUGAUAUUUGCCACUUUUCUGCUUUAUGCAGCAUCUCAGACUGCUGAAUGCAUCACGGGAGGAAAGGAGGCUCUUGCACAUUCUCGUCCGUACAUGGCUUCACUUCAGUGGAGUGGAAAGCAUGAGUGCGGUGGCUUUCUGAUCUCCAGUCAGUGGGUUAUGAGUGCAGCGCACUGCUUUCAGGACAGUAGGGUAUCUGGUUUUAAAGUCGUGUUGGGUGCUCACUCACUGUCUGAUGCGGAGGACACUAAACAAACCUUUGAAGCCACUGCAGUCUACAACCAUCCUGGUUUCAGUUUGAGCAACUAUGACAAUGAUAUUGCCCUGCUCAAGCUGGAUAAGCCGAUCACUGAGAGCGAUGGAGUGAAUCCAGUGGCGUUCCAGCGUGACAGUUCGUCUGAUCCCAAGGAGUCCGAUUUCGUGGAAACGGCUGGGUGGGGUUCAUUGAACAACCUGGGAGGAAGACCGGACAAACUGCAAGAGCUCAGUAUAAAAGUCAUGCAGCGAUGGCUCUGUGGCCGCGGUGACUACUAUGGAACAAAGUUCACAGACAACAUGCUCUGUGCUGCAGAAAGACGAAAGGACACCUGUGAUGGUGACUCUGGAGGUCCUCUCUUAUUCAAUGGCAUUGUUGUGGGAAUAACCUCUAACGGAGGAAAGAAAUGUGGCUCCACCAAAAAGCCUGGACUCUACACGAUCAUCUCCCACUACACCGAGUGGAUUGACAGUACAAUGACCCAGUAAAAAAAAAACAAAACUAAAAAAAAAAAAACUAGAAAGCUUUUUUAAGCUGUAGAAUCCUUUGCAUAACAUUUUAUUUCUUUUUCACUGGUACAUGUAUUACUAUUUUCUCAUUAAUAAAACCUUUUCUACAUAUCUA